GAGGCAGGCCAGAGAUCUCCAUGCUUCCCUGUGACCCUGACCCUGCCUCAUCCAGCCCUCCGGGCAGCCAGUGGUUCAAGGCUUCGGUCCUCAGGGCAGGGUCAGAGCAAUGACUGAAGGCUGGUCAGGAUCCAUCUGGGCAGUCUGUCAUCUCCCUCUCACCCUCAUAGGUGCCCACAGCUGGCUUGGUGCUCCUCUCAGCUGCCCACCAUGGGCUGGGGACUGCCCAACACCACCAGCCUGGCGCGCUUCUGCCAGAAGCUGAACCGGCUGAAGCCACUGGAGGAGUCCACCACGGAGACAUCACUUCAGCGCUGCCUGAGCACGCUGGACCUGAUCCUGCUGGGAGUCGGUGCUACAGUGGGCUCAGGUCUCUACGUGCUCUCGGGCACCGUGGCCAAGGAGAUGGCCGGCCCUGCGGUGCUCGUGUCCUUCAGCAUCGCUGCUGUGGCCUCCCUGCUGGCAGCCCUAUGCUACGUGGAGUUCGGGGCCCGUGUGCCUCGCACGGGCUCUGCCUACCUGUUCACCUACGUGUCCUUGGGUGAGCUGUGUGCCUUCCUCGUUGGCUGGAACGUGCUCCUCGAGUACCUCUUUGGUGGCGCUGCUGUGGCCCGCGCCUCGAGCAGCUACCUGGACGCCAUCUUCAGCCACCGCAUCCGUAACUUCACCAUGGCCCACGUGGGCUUCUGGCAGGUGCCGUUCCUGGCCCAGUUCCCAGACUUCUUGGCUGCUGGAGUCAUACUUUUGGCCUCCACAUUUGUCUCCUGUGGAGCCCGUGUCUCUUCCUGGCUCAACCACAUGCUGCUUGCUAUCAACAUGCUCGUCAUCCUCUUCAUCAUCAUCCUGGGGUUUGUCCUGGCCCGCCCGCACAACUGGAGUGCUGAUGAGGGUGGCUUUGCACCCUUCGGCUUCUCCGGCAUCAUGGCCGGAGCUGCCACCUGCUUCUAUGCCUUCCUGGGCUUUGGUGUCAUUACUACCUCCAGCGAAGAGGCCCAGAACCCAAAGCGGGCUGUGCCUAUGGCCAUCAUCAUCACGCUUGGCCUGGUGGCUGGUGCCUACAUCCUCGUCUCCACUGUGCUCACCCUCAUUGUGCCCUGGCACAGCCUGGAACCUGACUCAGCACUCGCUGAUGCCUUCUACCAGCGGGGUUACAGCUGGGCGGCCUUCAUUGUGGCCGCUGGUGCUAUCUGCGCCAUGAACACUGUCCUGCUCAGUGACAUCUUUACCCUACCACGCAUCGCAUAUGCCAUGGCCACCGACGGGCUCUUCUUCCAGGUGUUUGCCCACGUGCACCCCCGGACGCAGGUCCCGGUAGUGGGCAUCCUGGUAUUUGGGGUUCUCAUGGCUUUCCUGGCGCUGCUGCUGGACCUCCAGACACUGGUCCAGUUCCGGUCCAUCUGCACACUGCUGACCUUUACCUUCGUGGCCACCAGCACUAUCGUGCUACGCUUCCACAAGUCCCCUCCAGCCAGUUCCCUGGGCCCAGCCAGCCCUGUGGGCACAGAGCAGCCCUCAGCCCCUGAGCCCGGGCAGCUGCGACCAGCCCUGAGGCCCUACCUUGGCUUCCUGGGUGGGUGCAGACCUGGAGCCGCUGUGGCUUGGGCACUUGGUGUCCUGGUGGCCUCGGCCAUCGCUCUGGAUUGCGUGCUGGUCUUUGGGGACUCGGCCCUGCACCUCCCACCCUGGGGCCACACCCUGCUGCUCCUGCUCAGCUCCGUCGUGUUUCUGCUCAGUCUCCUCGUCCUGGGGGCCCACCAGCAACAGCGCCUGGAGGACACAUUUCAGGUUCCCAUGGUGCCCCUGACUCCAGCCCUGAGCAUCCUCCUCAACGUCUUCCUCAUGCUGCAGCUGAGCUACCUGUCCUGGCUGAGCUUGUCCGUCUGGCUGCUGAUUGGACUCAUGGUGUAUUUUGGCUAUGGCAUCUGGCACAGCAAGGAGAACCAGCAGGAGCUGCCGGGGUUGACUGCCACACACGGCAGCCUGGAGGAGACAGCACAGGCCCUGCAGCCCCUCAGCCAGGACCCGGCCCAGGAGCCCGGCCACACGGAGCAGCCCAACAGUCCAUGAGGACCGCUGGGGGCCUGCCUGCCCUCCUGCACCUCCUCAUGCGGACAGAGGGGCUGACAGCUCCUUUUAUCCAGGACAGCUUAGGUUUGCAGGCCUGUCUAUGCCAAGGAGUCCUCAGGACCUCAGGACCUUAGCACAGGUGCGUAGCUUUGAGUCCUUAUGAGUGGGCCGUGCCCGGAGCUGGUGUGGUGGACUCUGUCUAGCACCUUCCAGUUUAUGACCAACUCCAGCUACCUGGGCAGGUGAGCCGGGCGGGCAGAGAAGAGGCCCGCAGCCCCAGGGAUCCACAAUAAUAACUGUUCAGCCACCCCCAUGGCCUGCCAUCGUGUCCACUGUGGUGUUCUUUGUGGCGCUGAGUCCUCCCCUGCCCCUAGGAACCGGACAAUUGUCCCUAAUCCACAGCAAAGAUGCUGAGGUUCUAUAAUGGGGAGGCACCAGCCCUGGGACGGCCCUGAGUCAGGGACAUGGCCGGGCCUGGGUCCUGGUGUCCUGCCCUCAGGCCAGUGCCCUCUGGCCAGUUCAGAGGGGACCUACACACUCCUACACAUACCAGGCACAGAGGGGUCCCUGACAGGGUGGGCCCAGGCUCCCUCCCAGGUUCCUUACAUGUCCCCUUGGGGAUGGAUGUACAGAGCAGAGCCUGGACCCCAAGGAGGGUGGUUGGAAAGGACAGUGGAUUUCCUGGGUUCCCUCAGUUCCCCAGGGCUCCCAGAGAGCAGAGCAUGUGGCUGAGGCCCCGGGAUGUGGAUGCCCACCUGCCUGGAUACAUACAUCUCUCAGGCACAGGCCCACACGGCUCCCCUGGGGGCGCACAGCCACAUGCAGACUGAGGCAACAGCUGUUUCCAAGCUCAGGGCCUGCAGCUCCAGCUGCCUCUCUCCCUGCCACCGCCUCAGGGCUUUGGAAUGAAGGCUCGGGAUGGGACACACGAGUGCAGGUGGCAGCAUGAGCACCUGGGCACCAAAUGGUGGCUGCGGGGCCCCGUCCUCAGGGUCCCCAGGUCCACCCUGCACCCCCACUGGUCUCUUGAAGGCCAUGUCACAUCUAUCAUAGAUGCUUCUGACUCCUUGAUCCUUCCUGUGAGGACCACACAGGAAGCUACUGGCUCUGGCAGCUUUACUCCUUGACUCUCUGCAGCCUUGACAUCAGCCUUCUCUGGGCCGCAAGGACAGCCAGGUACACGUGAUCUCGCUCCAAUAACCAGGCCUCAGGGCCGUGAACUCUCACCCCAACCCUUCUGACCCCGCCUCCCAUGGACACUGCUCUGGGGAUUGAGAGGCAGCAGGGACCCCAAGGCUUGGCUGGGGCUCCAGGUUCCAGAUGAUUCCAGAUGCUGCUCAGCCUGAGCCCCAGCCCUGGGCCUCCCCCACCUGGCCCAUGUCACUCCACCAGCAAGCUGCCAGCAUGACCUGGUCACCAGGGACCCAUGAGAAGGCAGCCCUUUGUCUCUCUGGGCUGGGUACCCCCAAAUCUCUGCCCCUCCUUGGGACCAAGAGAGGGUUGGACUCCUGCAGCCCCCGUCCCUCCCCUCCUGACCGUGGCCCCAGGUACAUGGGGAAAUUCUCCAGCAUGCAGGACUCAGGCCCCUAGGAGGAUGCCAGAGCCAGAACCAGGCCAGCCUGCCGGGGCUUCCACGUGCUCUGUUAAGGACAUUUUCUCCAGCCCCUGGGCUGCACCUGGGGUCUUGGUCAGAGCAUGGUCCUCGUGCAGUUGCCUCAGGCUGGGUUGGGCAGCUGGCCAGACACGUUCUCAGGUGUGACCUUGGGUAGCAGUGACAUAUGUGUCCAGAUAUACAGCCUCCCCACCUUAUGGCUCCCUGCAGCCCAGUGAGUAGGGUGCUUGGCUGGGGGUCACCAAGGAGACAGACAGAGGGUCCCAAAGGAUCCCAUGCCCACCAACUCAGCCCGUCCACCUUCCUCCCCAUGCCAGACCCCCACAGCCCAAGGGCUCCACCAGGAAGGGGCUGGUGCUCACAAGCUGAGUGGUUAUGGGCCCAAGAGGUGCCUGUGCCCUUGCCUGGGGUCCCAGGGGGUCAGAUCAUCUGCCCACUGCACUCAUUCCAUGGAUGAGGCCUGGAACUGGGAGGGGACCUGCCCUAGGACCCCAGCACCAGAACAGCUGAGACAGCUCCUCUUGUCAGGCUGCUUUCUCCCCUGCCUUGGAAUCUGGCUACACAGAACCACACUUCCCUGCCUGAGAGGCCUGGGCUGAGCUGCUCUGGCUGUGGCUGUCGCUGCCUACCACCCGUCUGCCCUGUCUGCCCACAUGCACCCUGGCCUGGUCCCUCCCUCCCCAGUGAGGAGGAUGUCAAAGGGGAUCCCACAUAGCUGGAGCAGACUCCGGGCCUCCACGCCUGAGGCCUCCCCCAGUGAGUGGCUGUCCUGGGGGCAGGAGAGUCUACUGGCCUGCUCUGCCCAUUCCUGGGCUGGCCCGGCCCUCACAGGCCUCAUCUUACUCAUCCAUUGACUCCAUCCACCCCCAGCCUGAGUCCUGGGUCUCAGCCCUGUGUCACUGCUGAGGACACAGGGGACAAGCAAGUUGGGACCUGCCUCUCAGAAGCUCCCUGCCUGCUGAGGGGAUGGGGACAGAAGGGUCCCUAAACAGACGCGGGAAGUGGGGGUCGGGGAGGUGGGGCAGGCCUGGGCUGCCUGAGUGAGAGGGGACUCACUCCCCCCAUGGACAGGGGCCUUCCUGCCAGGAGACUGUCAGGCUGGUUUUCCAGGCAUCAGGAAGGAGUUUGAGGCAGAGAUGUAGGGCGGGGAGAGCACAGAGGGGAGGGGGCAGGGCGUGGGCAGGUCCAGCCCCACAUUGUUGUGAAGGGCUAGGGGGGUCAGUGAAGCCAGGCCAGGCCGAGCUCAGCGAGCAGUGUCAAGGGGCAUCACCUCUAGGCCUGGUGGCUGUGUGCACAUAUGUGUGAGAGUGACGAGGUGACAUGUGGUGGCAGAAGGAUGGGGGACGUCUGCUUAGGAGACUCAGACACGACAUUACCUGCAAUGCAAGAUCCUGGAGUGCAUCCUGGGUCUGAGAAUAGAAAGAUCUAGGAGUAUGACUGGCACAGCUGGGGAAAUUUAAACGUUCGAUUUAUCUGCCAAUUUUAGAUUUCUUGAGUGUGACAAGAGGACAGUGGUCACCAGGGGACAGUCCUCACUCUCAGGAUAGCGUUGAGAGGGGUCAGUGUCUGAAUAUCUGCCACUUACUUUCCAAUGAUUUCAUGUGACAUCUAACUAAAUAUAUCCUGGUCACUCCAGAGAGGGAGAGAGAGAGAGAAAGCAAAUGGGGCAAAAUGUUGGGGGGAAAACAAAAACAGCCGUGGUGAACCCAGAUGAAGGCUAUAUGGGUUUUCACGAUACUAACCUUUGAAGUUUUCUAUAGAUUUUGUAGUUUUUUGGAUAAAACCUUAAGGGAAAAUUAAAAAGGAAAGCCCCCUGUGGCGUGGAGGGAGAUGCUGGAGGAGAGUGGAGUGCAGGAGGGGCUGGGGGUGAGGGGUCCAGCUGCAGCAGGGGUGCGGGGACAGGUGGGGUGGAGGC